GGGGAGAAGAGAGAACAGAAAGAAGAAAAGAGAAAAAGGAGAAAAAGAGGAAGAGGGGGAAGCAAAAAUAGGAAAAGGAACAAGGAAAGUGAAAGCGCCGUGGCCGACGGAGCAGGUGGAGCCGCCGCCGUCUCCGAUGAGGACUUGACCGUCGAAGUAUGUUAUUUGAUGAUGGAGGUGCUAUUAUGAAUUAAGGUUCCGAGUGAAGAAAAUAUGAUGGUUGUAAUGAGAAAUGAACAAGAGCAUAGCGAGUCAGAAGGUAGUCGAGCAAAGAUGAAGAAGAAGCAUGAUGGGGCAUCUCGUCCAGCAUGCUCUUGGGUGCAUUUUAGUCGUGAAUUUAUCAAGGAGUACACUGCUUCCCAUCCUGAAUCUUCAGGCUUGAAAGCAGCCACAAAAGCUGCCUCAGAUGCAUGGAAAUUGAUGAGUCCCGAAGAGAAGGCAAAGUACACCAAUCGUGCCCGUGAGGUAUGGGAUAAGUACUUGAGCACUACACCUGCUCGUGUUCCCAAGCCAAGAAGACAGACCAAACUUGUUACUAGGUGCUCUCCUGGUCGAUUAUUGAACGUGUUGCAACGACUCACUCCCGACCAAAAGGCUGCUGUAAAAAGCAUGGGGUUUGGUAGUAUCCUUAAUCUCAGAUGUCGAACACUGCGCCGCAGUCUGUGUCUUUGGUUACUGGAGAAGUUUAAUACCGUCCGACGCAGCUUAGAGAUUUGUGGUGAGCGCAUACCUUUAACCCCACGGGAUGUUGAACUGGUGAUGGGGUUGGCAUCUAAUGGGAAGGAUGUGGUUAACUCUGGACCUGAUGAGUUGAUUUCUGAAUUACGCAAGAAGUACAAUGCCACAAAUCGUGGGAUUUCUGUCCGACUCUUAGAGGAAAGGUUGGCAUUCCCUGAAGCUGGAGACGAUUUUAAAAGAUCUUUUCUCCUUUAUGUAUUAGGCACUCUUCUAUGCCCCACUGCUAGGUUGGAUGUUAGCCCGUCAUUUCUCCAUUUUUUGACAAACAUGGACGUUGUCCACCAAUAUAACUGGGGGAAAUUUUUACUUGACCGGUUAGUUAGAGAGGUUGCCCGGUAUCGUCAAGGGAAGCAACGUGCAGUUGGUGGUUGUCUGUUGUUUCUCCAGCUCUUUUACUAUGAGAGCGUUGCUGUUGGAGAACCAUCCGAACUAUCCCCUGCUAUUUUUCCAUGCCUUGCCUCUUGGGGCGAGGAAGAAAUUAGUGAAAGAGAAAAGCAAGAGAGAGAGCUCGGUGGUUAUGGAUGUGGAGAGGUGGUCUGCAAGGAAAGAGGCCUUGGGAUGGGAAUGUUGGGGUGUAGGAACCAACCAGACAGCAUUCAUUUGGCAAUAAUACCACCAGAGAUUGAGGAUUACCCUCUGCUUGAGCAGGUUGGGUAUCAGGCUGGGGUAGAUCAAGUUAAUGGUGGCAUGAUCACGGCAGAGGAAAAUAUGCCCAUGAGCGGCAAUGAGGGCAAUGCAGUCUGCGUGGAUAUUGAAAUUGCUGAUCCAGUCAGAGCACCCUGUCGAAAUGCCCAAUACGGUUGCGCAGAAAUUGUGGAUUACACCAAGAGAAAAGAGCACGAAGAGGUCUGCCUUUGUGCACCUUGUGCUUGCCCCAUUCGGAAGUGCCAUUUUGUUGGCUCAUCCAUGCAGUUAUCAGAGCAUUUCAGCAGUAAGCAUUGGGACUCAGGAAGACGUUUCCAGUACAACAGCCCUUUGCCCAUCACCUUAAACAAGAACGAAACAUUCCUUGUUCUACAAGCUGAGAAGGAUGGUAUUCUUUUCCUCCUCAAUAAAGGAACGGAGAGUAUCGGCCAUACCGUCAUGAUAACUUGCAUAAGCCCAAGUUCAUCAAAGGAACAGUAUUUGUACGAUAUCGUGUCCGAAAGGGGAAAUAGCUGUCUCAGGUUGAAGUCAUACACGAAUAAUUAUCCGGGUAGGGUGGAAGGAUCUCCUCCUGUGGAUUUCCUCCUUGUUCCGUUUGGUUUUUUAAACCCAACUGGGAAGCUAGAUCUAGAAAUGUGUAUAUGGAACUCAACAGAUAUAGGAGCUGACUGAUCUAAAACGAGCGCUUGCUCUUGCUGUCUCUCCCCAUCUGUUGGUCGCUGUCUAAAUUCUUGCGACGUGUAUGUAGUGGCUUUCUGGUAAGAAAUGUAUUUUUCCGACUUGUUGUACGCCUAAUCUCAUACAAAAAAAAUGCAGGUGAUACAAUGCAGCAACUAGCAUUUGGAAUGCUGAGGAGAAGCGAUUGUCCUCCCGCUCUUCUGUUGAUGUUAUUGGUUCAUUAUUCUAUGUUUAACUCUCCACUCUCGA